AUGCCCGAAUCAACCUGGAAUACUCAGGGCGAAGCUAAACGCCAGUCUGUUCUAAAUUUGAUCCCUGACAAAUGGAGAUUGAAGGACCCUGUCCCUCCAGCUGCCGAGCUUCGUGAUGUGACAGGGAACUAUAUCCGACAAUUUCUCACAGAGCGUGAGACCGAGAUCACAGAGACAGAUGCUGUAGAUAUCGUCGCUCAGACAUCCACGGGUAAUUGGACCGCUGUUGAGGUGAUAGAGGCGUUCUGCCAUCGAGCUGCACUUGCUCACCAGCUCGUCAACUGUCUCCACGAGAUCUUUUUCGACGCAGCCAUCGAAAACGCUAAACAACAAGAUGAAUAUUACGCAAAGCACAAAGCCCCCAUCGGCCCUCUACACGGCCUGCCAGUCAGUCUUAAAGACACAUUCCACGUCAAAGGCGUCGAAACCACCAUGGGCUACAUAGGUUGGAUAAAUACCUUCGAGGGCAACCGUAACGACCCCCGCAGCGGACAAGAAGAAAGCGAACUUGUCCGUGAGCUGCGUGUCCUCGGCGCAGUUCUCUACUGCAAGACCAGUGUGCCGAGUACCCUCAUGGCCGGUGAAACCGUCAACAACAUCAUUGGCUAUACCUGGAACCCGAAGAACCGUCUCCUCUCAUCCGGCGGCAGCUCUGGCGGCGAAGGUGCUCUGAUUGCGCUCCGCGGCUCGCCCGUUGGCUUUGGCACUGAUAUCGGAGGCAGUGUGCGUAUUCCUGCUGGCUUCAACUCCCUCUAUGGUAUCAAGCCUUCGGCGGGUAGAAUUCCAUACCAGGGGGCUCCGAAUUCCAUGGAUGGCCAGAGCUCUAUACUCUCCGUCAUUGGGCCGAUCGCACCGUCUGCGAGAUCUCUGGCUCUCUUGUUCAAGGCAGUCCUUGCGCAAGAGCCGUGGCUUCAUGAUCCACUUGCGUUCGAGCUUCCAUGGCGGGAUCAGAUUGUCGAGGACACGAAGGUGCUGAUUGACAAGGCGAAGGCUGGCUCGUCGGCGCUUGCGUUUGGAGUUAUGAAACACGAUGGUUUGGGCCGUAUCCAUCCGCCGAUUGCCCGCGGUUUGAAGAUCGUCGAGCAGACACUCCGAAGGCUUGGUCAUCGUGUCAUUGAGUGGAAGCCACCAUCUCACGCAAAGGGCGCAGAGCUCCUCGGUCAAAUAUUCCAAAUGGACGGCGGAGCCGACUUGAAAUACCAUUUAGGCCUUUCCGGAGAACCCAAACCUGCGCAAGUGAUCGUGAAUACAGAGGGCAAUGAAAUGACAGCGUAUGCGAUUGCCGCGCUUAACGUUGCCAAGCGCGAAUAUCAAAAACAGUAUAUGGAUUACUGGAACAGCACGGCCGCAAUAACAGGGACUGGGCGCCCCGUGGAUGCGUUCUUCUGUCCAGCGGCUCCUCACGCUGCUGUCAUCCCAAAAGAGUUUUACUAUGUAGCAUAUACUGGCAUCAUCAAUCUGCUGGACUACACGGCUGUUGCGGUACCAGUCACCUUUGCGGAUAAGAAGAUCGAUGUGAAAUCUGUGAAUGUGUUGGGGGAUGAUACUGAACAUGUCCAGUGGGAUUAUGACGCCGAGACUUAUGAUGGCGCCCCGGUAUGCCUUCAGUUGGUGGGCAGGAGAUUUCAGGAGGAAAAGAUGCUGACUUUGGCUGAACAUCUGGGUGAAGAGAUUGCUCAAGAUGCAAAGUAA